AUGGCAUCAUCUGGUGUUCAUAUGCAUCAAGUUUGGCGUAAACUGAAGACCCACGCGAGUGAUGUCAUUUCAAACCUGCACCUCGCUCAGCUUUUACAAGACGAGCAGCGAUGCACCGCAUUUCGAGCGACCCUGAAUGAUCUGGUGUACGACUACGCGCGUCAGCGGGCAACCCCUGAGACGCUGUCGCUGCUUAUCGAGUUCGCUGACGCGUCAGAACUCGGAGCGAAAAUCGAUAGAAUGUUUCAGGGUGAGAAGAUCAACUUGACAGAAGAUCGUGCUGUUCUGCACGUCGCUCUGCGGGCGCCACGCGAUCCGACAAUCUGGCCUGCUUCCGUGCGUCUACCUGAGCAGGCGGUUUCAGAGGUCCACGAUGUACUCGCGCAGAUCGAGCGUUUCAGUGAACGCAUUCGAAAGGGCCGCGAAUGGGUUGGAGCAACCGGCAAGCCGUUGACAGACGUUGUCAGUAUCGGUAUCGGUGGGAGUUAUCUGGGUCCAGAGUUUGUCUACGAAGCGCUGAGGACUGACCAUAAAGCAGCGGAGGCGGCACGCGGCCGACGACUACGAUUUCUGGCGAACGUGGACCCGACGGACGUGCACCGAGCACUUGACGGCCUUAACCCGGAAACCACGCUCGUCGUUGUGGUGAGCAAAACCUUCACGACCGCGGAGACGAUGUUGAAUGCGCGCACCCUGAAACGCUGGCUCAUGGAUGCAUUAGGUGAGUCCGCGGUGGCGAAGCACAUGGUUGCCGUCAGCACCAACACCGAGGCGGUGAAGGCGUUUGGUAUCGAUCCCCAGGAAGGCAUGUUUCGAUUCUGGGAUUGGGUCGGGGGUCGCUUUUCGGUCUGCAGCGCGGUCGGCCUGGUACCGCUUUCGCUCCAGUACGGUUUCGGCAUCAUGCGGGAGUUUCUUGCGGGAGCGCAUGAAAUCGAUUGGCACUUUGCAACGGAACGGGACUGGCGCAAGAACAUUCCGGUUCUCAUGGGGCUAUUCGGGGUCUGGAAUGCGUCUUUCCUUGGAUACAGCACACGUGCGCUGCUCCCAUACGCGCAGGCGCUGUUGCGUUUCGCGCCUCACAUCCAGCAGGUCGACAUGGAAAGCAACGGCAAGGGCGUCGACAUCCACGGAGAAGCGCUCAUCGAUCCAACGGCGACCGGCGUAGUGGAUUUCGGUGAACCCGGCACAAACGGCCAACAUUCUUUCUAUCAACUGAUGCACCAGGGGCGAGUCAUACCUGCCGAUUUUGUUGGCUUUCGACGAUCGCAAACACCCAUUGUUCUGGAGGGUGAGCCGGUCUCAAAUCAUGACGAAUUGAUGAGUAAUUUCUUCGCCCAGCCGGACGCUCUCGCCAUAGGCAAGACGCGCGAGGAGCUCGUCGCCGAGGGCGUACCCGAAGCGCUCCUGAAUCACAAGAUUUUCCCAGGGAAUCGUCCAUCGAGCAGCAUGCUCUUUGACUGUCUUGAUGCGCGAACUGUGGGUCGACUUUUGGCUCUAUAUGAGCACCGCGCAGCCGUCGAGGGUUUCCUUUGGAAUCUGAAUAGCUUCGAUCAGUGGGGUGUGGAACUCGGCAAAGUGCUUGCAAAACGCAUCCGCAAUGAACUGGCGCGGAGACGUCAGGCCGAAGGAAAGCCAGCUGCCGGACAGGCUGCAACCGAUCAUCAUUGGAACGCCAGCACCCGCUUCCUUUUAGACGCUUAUUUCACGCCAAGUACCGGGCAGUGA